GAUUCCACAUGAUCGAGAAUAAAAGACUCGAGCGAGAACCUUUCGGAAAUUGAAUUUCGUCGAACAAAGGAGGACCGCUGCUGCGGUAGAUGAUUCGACGUAAAUAUUGCGCGGCUUGUCGGCUGCUUGGUGAUCUUUUCGUUUGAUGCAGGACGAAACCUUCAUGAAUUGCUGCCCCUUCAUGACGCGGCUAGGGGAGCGAAUGGUCAGCAUGAGCUCGAUGCUCGUAGAAACAGUCAGCAUUAAUUACGAAGAUUUUAACGAAAGUUUUUUAACGUGCGGAACUUGUCUCUGCGUGUACGACGGCAGUGAACAUACACCAAAAUUACUGCCAUGUUCGCAUACGGUUUGUCUCCAUUGUCUGACAAGGAUCGCCGCGUCACAAACCCGAGAAGCUGGAGCAUUCCGAUGUCCUAUUUGUCGAGAACUGAUCACUAUUCCUCGAGGUGGAGUGCCGGCGUUACCACCGAGUUUUCUGGUUAAUCAGUUGCUCGACCUCAUGUCCAGGCAGCGACGCGAGGUCAUCCCUAAAUGUUCGGUCCACAUAAAUCAAGAACUUCUAUUCUGCGAGACCUGUGAUACUGUAUUUUGUACGGUCUGCACCGGCGGCAGCCAUGCUGGCACUUCACCUGGAUGCACGGAACACACUAUUAUUCCUUUUAGUAUCGCCAUUAAACGUAUGUCAGAAAUACUGCUCUACAAAGCGAACGAGUGUAUAUCCAAGUUAACUCAGGCACAAGACUCGGUCAGCGCUGAGCUCAGACGCUUAGAGACUGCCACAGAGAGAUGCUUGAAUGCAGUCGACACGGAGUUUGCGGAAAUUAUUGCGCGAGUAGAAAGGAGGAAAGUGGAACUCCAAGCGGCGGUCACCGCAGCAGCUAGAGACAAGAGGCACGUUCUUGAGGAACAGCAUGCACUGAUUGAAGCAGAAAAGAACAAAGUUGAGCGAGAGUGCGAAGGUCUUCAGUACCAGGUCGAAGUCCGUAACAUUACUCAAAGAAUUGGGAGCUUGUCAGAUCAAUUGGAUGCAGCCGUAGCUCUUAGCGAACCAAGAGAAAAUGCAUUCAUCACAGCAGAAUUUUUACACAACGAAGCGCACGCGGAAAUAGAAGCUGUACUUAGUACUUUUGGGCGAGUACGUUCGAGCACAACACUACCAGGUCUGUGUAGAGCAAGACUGAAAGAACCUGCAGUUGCUAAGCUGCAGUCAAUAGUUGUGAUAGAAACAGUCGAUUAUCACGGACACCCCAGGAAUGCAGGAGGUGAUCCAAUCAGUGCAGAAUUGACAUUAGCGGAAACAAUUCAAUCGACAAAUUCAACAACUUCCGUUGAAACAGAGAUUAAAGACUUAGAGGAUGGAACGUAUGAAGUAUUAUUUCGACCGCCCAGUGCGAGUCGUUACAUUUUGAAAGUGUCUGUCUUUGAGCGACCCAUAAAAGAUCAUCCUCUCUAUUUUGAUGUAACUGAGCACAAUGAACCUGUUAAAAUGUAUGGAAAACGAGGUCACGGAAAAGACGAUUUUCAUCAACCAGUUGCCGUAGCUGUUGACGACGAUGGAACAAUCUACGUUGUAGACACUGGAAAUUGUCGGAUAACAGUUUUGAACCACGAUCUGGAAUUCCAAAGGCACAUUACUAAUGAAGGAUUGGACGGACGUAGCUGUACGGGAAUCGCAAUUUCCGAGCAAGGACUUGUAGUGAUAAACUGGAGAACUCGCACAGUUACAGAAAUGACUUCGUUUGGGGAUACGAUACGCUCCUUUUCGUACAACGGAUUCCAGGAGCCUAUAGAUGUCGCUGUGGACAGAAGUUAUGGUCACGUACUAGUAGCCGACAAUGGCCAAAGUUGUGUAUUCGUAUUUGAUUGUGAUGGAAAGAUGUUAUUUCAAGUGGGUAAACGGAAUACAUUCAAAUUGAUAAGUUCAGUGACCGUCGGACCAGCUGGUGAAAUUUUAGUCGCCGAUUCGCGUAUUCAAGUAUUUUCUGCCAAGGGAGAUUUCUCAGAAGAAAUCUACGCCGAAGGUAAAGGGAAAGGAAGGUAUGGAAGCAUCGCCGUAGACACGGAUGGCAAGAUUGUUGGGUCUCGAUGUGACAAGGGUCGCAGUGUAAUUCAUGUGCUAAAACUUGGAGGAGGUACACUGUUGACUGAAAUAGAUUCUCACAGUUCAAAACUACGGCGUCCUUCGGGUAUCGCGAUACUGCCUAAUCACCAUUUAGUCGUCGUCGACCUCGGAAACGAUUGUCUGAAGAAAUAUCGGUAUUGGUGAAUGCUAUUACGCAAAACUAAAAGUAAUUCUCUCGCACGAUGCGAUGAGAUUGCGUAAAAACUCCUGCGAAUCCGUUAGCAUCCAUCACGGUGAGUGUUUGCAGGAUAAUAUUACAUAAGCAUUUACAAAAUGCAGAAGAGUACUAGAUUUUAUUCUACUUUCAAAGCUCCAUGUCAAUGAUUUGAUUAAAAUCAAUUUCCUGUGUAUGUGGGAAUUGAAUACACAAAAUGCUUAGCUAUAUUUAUCUCGUUCGAGCUUCGUAUCUUGACUGCUUAAUUUUCUAGGCGUAAUGUUACGCACAAGUGCUAUGAAUGCUAUGGGAUGUUUGCCUAAAACUCAACACUGCUCUGGAGAUGUCCUCAAAAUACUUCUAAACAAACUCAGAAUAAUUUGCGUUUUUUUUUUUCACAAUAAUUUGCGAAACCACACGAAUUUAUGAAUUCAACUGCCAAAGUAAUAGUGAAAUCAAUGAACGGUAACAAUAGUUAAUAUGCAGUGCCUAUCCAAACAUAAACCUUAUAAAAUCACUCAGUAAAUUGUUUAAUUA